AUGAUUCUAAUAUGCCCUACAUGUGGCAACUUUCUGGAGGUUGGCAAGCAUCCAGAUGAAUACAAAUUUUAUUGCCUUACCUGUCCGUACACUCGUUCCAUCAAGACCAAAAUAACUGAUACAUUGUAUCCAAAAAUGAAAAAUCUGGACGAAGUUCUUGGUGGACCCGAGGCAUGGAGUAACGCCCAGGUGACAGACAGUAUGCCGAUCGAAUUAAGCCGUUUUAAUGCUUAUAUCACUGCACAGUUUUUAGCGACCUGUCCCAAGUGCUCCCAUGGCCGAGCAUUUUUUAUGCAGCUGCAGACACGGAGCGCCGAUGAGCCGAUGACGACGUUUUAUCGUUGCGCUAAUAACGAUUGUGGACACAGAUGGAAGGAAUAG